CUAUUAUCAAAUAACUCAUAUUGAGCACUGUGGACACUUGUGACUCCUUGUAGGUCGGCCGCCGGGACGCAGUCCCGUUGGUUGCGACAUUAGAUAACAUUUGGCACCAUGGCUCAACUAGUUUCCACGACGGCAAACACGCCGCUGACACGAAUUGAGAUGCCUUCCUCCAACAGCGGGGAUGACGUUUUUGGCGGUACACGGUCAAUACACAGCGCCUACGUUUUCAGCGUGGACAAGCAGAUUGGAGAAGGCACCUAUGGACAGGUCUUCAUGGGGCAUGACCGGAAAACUAACGACAAAGUUGCGCUGAAGAAAAUCCGUAUGGACACGGAGAAGGAGGGCUUUCCAAUCACCGCUAUCCGUGAGAUUAAAAUUCUCAGCACGUUGUCCCAUCCGAAUGUUGUCAACCUGCGGGAAAUCGUGCGCUCCGAGAUUCACAAAAAUAAUAAUUUUAAGGGGUCCAUCUAUAUGGUUUUUGACUACGCCGAAUACGACCUGACCGGGCUUAUGGAGUCGACCAAGUAUGUGUUCACAGAGCCGCAGGUUAAGUGCAUCUUAAAGCAGUUGCUGAAGGGUCUGGCCUAUUGCCACAACAACGGGGUCCUCCAUCGCGACCUCAAAGCCUCCAACAUUCUUAUCGACACCAAGGGCACUGUGAAGCUGGCCGAUUUCGGGUUAGCACGUCCCUACAAUGCGGAGAACGAAGCUGGCUUCACAAACCGCGUGAUCACGCUAUGGUACCGGCCACCCGAGCUUCUGCUGGGUGCCGUGAAAUACGGAGGUGAAGUGGACAUGUGGAGCGUCGGGUGCAUCUUUGCGGAAUUGCUCACUGGAAAGCCGCUUUUCCCAGGCAAGGACGACAUGGACCAGAUGGACAAGAUUUUUCAGAUCAUGGGAGGCCCCACGGAACAGAACUGGCCCGGUGUCACCUCCCUCAACCUCAAGCUCUACAAGAAUGUGCCCGUGGACAAGUACCCUCGUCAGCACCGACUGCGGGAGAUGCUGCGGAGCAAGGGCGUGGGGCGGCACAUUAGCGACGACGCCAUUCGGUUGUUGGAGAAGAUGCUGUGCCUGGACCCCAAGCGCCGCAUCUCGGCAGCUGACGCAGUAAUGGAUCCCUACCUGUGGAUGGAUCCCAUGCCUUGCGAGCCCCAGCAGCUACCGUGCCGCGGCUCGGGGCAUGAAUUCACGAUGAAGAAACGCCGUAACGACCAGCACCGGGAGCAGCAGCAGCAGGUGGGCCCACCCAUGCCUCUGCCACCGGUGCCGGGCUACGCUGCAGGCGCUAGUGCGCAUCACGGCUACGGGCCUGGAGCUGGCCCCGAUCCAAAGCGACCCAGGCAGGACGGUGGCGGCCGCGGCGGUCCUUCGGGCGGCUACACGGGCAGCGGUGGCGGCGGUGGUGGUGGCGGUGGCAUGGGGCCCCCGCAGCAGAUGGGCGGCAGCGGGCAUCAUUCUCAUGGAGUCGGCAGCGGUCAGUCCUACCAAGGCACGCACCAAGGCAUGCAAAUGGGCGGCGGGGGCGGCAGCGGGGGUCCCGGCGGUUACCGCGGCGGGCCGGCAGGGGGACAGCAAGGUGGCGGUUACGGGGUUGGGGGUUCCCGGGGAACGCAGCAAGGACAAUCGCAAGGUUGGCAACAGCAGAAGCGUUAG